AUGAACACCUCCUUCCCAUCCGACAGGUCGGACGAGGCUGGACCAUCCACGCUGCGACUAGCUUAUGCAGCUCCGAAAACAUUCACACCGGGCUUUUAUUCUCAUCGUACCAACGGCGUGCUGCCCACAGUCGCAUCGAGCGCGAAGCUCAGGCGAGUGUCUCAAUGGAGCCCGUCUACCAUCGGCUCGCUGGACCGUAUCGACGUGCUCGGCGGUCUCACCCCAGCCAGAGAGCACAUAGGCCACACAGGAUGUGUCAAUGCUCUGGCUUGGUCAUCCGAUGGAAGCACAUUGGCCAGCGGCUCUGAUGACAAGACCGUCUGUCUUUGGAGGCUCGGAUCAGAUGCCGCGCAUCCGAGAGCCGAGCAUGUGCAUCGUAAACCACCGAACACUCGAAGUGGCCCUCGCUCGCGCCGCACUGGAGGAUUAUGGGGCGGCAACAGCGGCAUUGGUGUACCUGGAGAUAAUCUGCUAGAUGAACUGGACGAGGAGAUUGCAGAAGCGAAAGCUGCGGAGCAGUGGCCUGCGCCUGAUCUAGGCUUUGGUCUAAGUGGUGUGGUGGAGACUGUGGGUGUUCUUUGCCUGGACUUCGAGUGUUCAUCCAGCAAGCUUACCGAGAGUACUGAACAUGCUGAAACAGGGACAUCGAGCGAACAGUGAGCACCCUCGGUCGCAUCGCGCGAAUCGAGUCCACUCGCAACUUAGCUGCUUGACCAUUCUACUACCCUCGCAGUCUUUUCUGUCAAGUUUGCACCAACGCUUCCCACCAGAUUGUUCACCGCAGCUGGUGACUCCGAAAUGAGAGUGUUCGACCUGGCGCAGUCUGAUGCCCAGAUUUUGUCUCACGCCAUUACCAAGAGGCAGUACGAGCACGACAAUCGAGAAGUGAUGGUCUGGCCUCGAGGUGGAGGCGUGUGCACGCGCGUUCUCCGCUGUCACAGCGCGCGGGUCAAACGCAUCAGCACAGAGAAUAGUCCCGAUGUAUUUCUGAGCUGCGCAGAGGAUGGUGAAGUGCGCCAGACGGAUCUCCGGGUCAAUCACACGUGCAGCGAGCGAGGUCGUAGCUCGAGCCUAUCAUUCGCACUGUCGAGCUCGACGUGCCCUUCGCCUCUAGUCCGACAUUCGAUGGAGCUGUACAGCCUCAGCGUCAGCAAGGUGGAGCCUUGGCUGUUCGUUGUAGCAGGCACGUCCGCCUACGCUUAUCUUCAUGAUCGAAGAAUGCUCCCGCGCCUACUGAAACGGGAAUGGGGUGAAUCAACCCCAGAGCCUGAGCGUGAUGCGCUUACGCAGUGUGUCAGACGUUUCGGCAGACCCCAACGACAAUGGGACUCUGGUGAGCCGGUCAAAUCCGCAUUUGGAAGGGCGCACAUCACUGCAGCUAAAAUUGAAGAAUCGACAGGUCGAGAAGUGAGUCAAGGAGUGAAGCGGGCACUUCUCCAAUGGGGGUCAACGUUGGGCUGACUUGCUAUGAAUUGUGCAGUUGCUCCUUUCUUACUCGGAUACCGACUCGACCAUUUAUCGGUGAGCUUUCUCUAGAAUGCUUUUCGUGCGGUGCGAAGUCUGACACUCUGUGUUCGGCCUGUAGAUUCAAUCUGUACGACGAGCCAGAAGAGAUGCAUCAUCCCGAAGCCAGCCAAUGGGCGGUGCGAGAGCAGGAGCGUAAUAGAGCGAGUGAAGCCAGAACUUCUGCGCAGAAGAUUCAUAGCAGCGGAACAUUGGAUGACAACCACACAGUCGAGCGGUUCAGGCGUCUGGUGGCUGCCAAGAAAGCUUUGCCUCUUCCAAGGAACAUACGAUCAGCGAUCGUCGGUCUGCUAUUUCCGCGACGGACGCUCAGCGAGGGCCGACAAGCAGAGGCAACCGCUUACGUCGAAAGGUACAAAGCUAUGCAAGCCGCCUCGUCGGAAACUCUCCCUUUAUGCGUCUGUGAGACUCUGCUUCUGCUCCAGCGAUUGGACGAGCCAGCUGCAACAGAGACCUUCGUGCAGGGAAGAAGCCGGUACUUGGAGACAGCUGUAAGAGCGAAGGAGCUGCUCCAAAACGCAAGGUCGAGCGAGGAUGAAGAGGAGGACCAGGAAGAGGACGAGGACGAUGUCGAACCCGCCAUGGAUGUCUCGAGUAAUCUACUUCUUCUCCUCGAACGUCUGGUCGAUGAUGACAAGGCUAGGAACACUCCUGAUAUCCCCACAUUUCAAAAAUUUCUGGAAGUCUUCUUCGACGAGGCGGAAAGUGUGCUACGGGCGUUUUGGGGCAGCAAGUGCUUCGAGUUUACAGAUCGGAUGCGACUUUCGGGGCAGAGUGAUCUGAGCUCGGAUGAGGACCCUUCGAUCAGUACUGUUGCACCUCAAGCUGCCGAGCAGAGCUGGCAGUGGACGAGCAAUUCUGGACAGUCUCACGCGCCCCAUGCCUUCGGUUCAAACCCUUCACAGCACCAAUCUCGACAGCAGGUUUGGAAUCGCGCAGACAGCUGGGAAGACCCUCCCGAAGAUGGCGUCGCGAAUUGGAGAGAGGCUGUGCCACGACCAGAGAUAAGAGGAGAGUCUGACGUUCAUCCUCGAACAGGCCCAUCUUUCGCUCCAUGGGACGGCCCGGAUGAAGACGAAGACAUGCACGCAGAGCUCGAACGGCCGCCGGCUUUCCCCUUUGCAGAGGCACACCUCAAUUUGGCGCAUCUCACCCAAACCAGGAACCUUCUGCCGAGCGCAGCCGACGAGGGCGAUGACGCCAACGAGUUAUUUGCCGAGUUCGAGCAGCAAGACGACGAUGACGAGGUCGAAAGCACUGCAUACGGUAAUGGUGGCUUGGACGACGACGAUGAGGAUAUGGAGCCUGGGGGUUCUGACAUGUUGGACGUGUAUGAGGAGGAAGAGGAAGAAGACGAGGACGGGGACUCUAUGGUCUUUCCCACGCGACCCGUCUCGGAUAGCAGCAAGUUCGAUGAAGCGCCGAUGGUGUACCCACGCGCGCGAUAUCAGGGCCACAUCAACCGGGAGACAGGUGCGUUACUGCUCCUCUGACCUGUUGCGAUUGAAACUUCAAUGGUCUUACUCCUCAUUCUCGUCGGCAGUCAAAGACGUCAACUUUGUCGGGCCGUAUGUCGCAUCUGGCUCGGACGACGGGCGCCUAUACCUCUACGAUCCGGCCAGCACACAGCUGAAAGCUGUAAUCUGUGGAGACAGCCACGUGGUCAACGUCAUGGUUCCCCAUCCGACUUUGCCCGUCAUUGCCGUCUCUGGCAUCGAUGAUGAGAUCAAACUCAUCAGUGCCACCUCUUAUGUGAACAGCGUCGACGGAGGGGUGUACCGAGAGUCGAGGGAGCAUGCGGAGGGGCUUGCGGAAGCCAAUGAGGCCGAGACCGAAGGGUGAGUCCUUCAGCUGCGCCAUUGUACCAUGGGGUCGCCUGUCUGAUGUCUUGAUCUGCUUUUGGAUCGCUUCGCAGGCGCUCCGGAUCUUAUCCAGGAGGUUUGCUAGCCAUGCUCGGUGGUGUGAGUAGACACGCACGCCACAAACAUAGAUUUGCCGAUCUAGCUUAUGCAGCUCGCCUUUCUCGUUCUCGUUCUCGUUCUCGUUCUCGUUCUCGUUCUCGUUCUCGUUCUCGUUCUCGUUCUCGUUCUCAGCAUCUACGGCAGAUCAAUGCCGAUGGCGAGGCAGUGGAAGGAGAUUGCGGCGUCAUGUGA